UAUAUAUACACUGUAAUCCCAAACAGUUGUACUAGCUCAUAACUAAUAAGGUCAUAACAGUCAAAUGUCGUUAUGCAGUUGACCAAACUAUAAAGUUUUGAGCUCUGUUGAGAUUUGUGUCACUUUAAUUGAAUAGGGCUCAGUAUUUUAGAGUUAAUUUGUGUGGAACGCUCAAAAAGUUUAGGAACCAUGUAGUAGCGUCAUGACGUUAUCGACGUCAUGACGUAUUGGUGGGUGGGUCUUAUCGCUCCCUCAGGAAAGCUGAGUCAGCCAUCUUGAAUUUGCCUUGAUGCGGGUGAAGUUUUGGCAAGCCCAUGUGGAUGUGGAACACAUUUUAAUUUGUUUUUAAUUGUUUAUAUCUGUUUGGAAUGCGUACUUUUAUCCCCCCGCUUCAAACCACCACCACCUCAGUUAUUUUCAUUAGUCUUAUUGCUCUCAUUUUCUUAAGCGCUGUCUUAUCAUCAGCCCUGAUUUGGCUCAAGUGUGUGGUUGUGAGAUCUUCUCGAAAUAAUUUUAACAGUUCAGAUGUUGUGUACAGAUAUCGGACUACAAAGAGUGCUACAGAGAGUCAGUGUUUCACUAUCAGACAGGUGCCAAUAGCUCGAAAAGCUGAGGUCAACUACAUCAUCAACCUACCAAAGGAUCAAACCCCAGCCACUCUGGAAACAAUGAGAGAAGAAAUCAUACAUGAAGUCGAAAAGACUGAGAGAAACCAUUUAGUCAUAGGCAAGCUCAUGAACACAACCUAUGCCCUUCGUCGCCAAGAAAUCGUUGGAGCUCUUGUAGCUCCACGGGUGAGAGACGUCGUGGAUAGAUGGCCAGCCCUACUUAUGGAGUCACAGGUGUUUGCAGAGUUCCACCGAAUCAACAAUGUUAACCUGUGCAAUCAAUUCUACAAGGAGCUGGACAGACACACGCCUAAACUCAUUACCUUGUUCAGAGACAAGGCCACCAAGACUGGCAAGAUAGCGGAGGAGCUAGCCAGGCUCAUGAUGAUUUAUGACCUUCAGGAACAACGUAAUGUAAAUAUAAGACGGGCACUCGUCCUCCGUGCUCUUCCUGUGUACCUGCGUGAAGAUGCCUUCAAGUUCUUCAGGACCUGUAAUUCAGCAGAUUGUCCAGACCUCACUGACACUCCGGUGGCUCUCCUGACAGUCGUCACGGAUGACACUAUUGAUGCGGCCCUCUUCAGCCCUGAGAGCAUCUGUAUCGUCGUGGAGGAUGAAAUGCUUGUGAGUGGUCCCACGACUCUGGCUGACUCAUUUCUCCUGCUCUUUGGGUAUGUCUAUGCACUAGACCUACAGUACCCAAAGAAUCUUGAACUUACAUUCACAUUUAUCCAAAAAGUUGUGAUGUGUCUUGAGGACAACAAACCACUGAAAGGGCGUCUACUGACGCUGAAGAAUGAUUUGUUUAAUGAGUGAAUCACUCAGGAUGGAUUAUUUGAG